GGCUUCGAUGAGCAUUGAAAUCGCCUCUGCAGCUCCUUUGAAGCGCUCCUACCGCGAGAUGAGUAACGACGACACGGACCAAGACAUGACUGCGGCGGACAUCCCGAGAACGGGCUCGCCACUGGAUGCGAGGCUUGAAGAGGCCAUGGCGGCAUGCAACUCCCUGAGUGCAACGAGUGACCGUGUUGUCCAGGUAAAUCAUACGCUUUAGCCGCGAAGCGAAGUGACGGUUGUGAACGGUGGCAUGGAUCUUGUUGUGGGUCUUUCAGGAGUUGAGGCGGCUGGCAGAGGAGCACACGGCGUUGAUAGUGGCUAUGGGAGGCGAGCCGCAGCCCCGUGACUUCAGCACAUACAUUCAACUCAACGUCGGCGGGUAGAGCGAAAGAACAUGAGUGUGCCACAGGAGAAUGUGUGUGUGUGUGUGCGUGUGUUCUAUUAGGCUGCAUCGCACUGUGAAGCGGUCCCUGUUUGCCAUUCCUGCCCUGAGCGGCACUGUCGUUGCUGAAUUGUUCUCUGGCCGAUGGGACAAGCCGUUCGUCAAAGACAGCAGUGGACGGCUGUUCCUCGGUGAGAUACCUUAACUCAGACAGCCAUUCGCCAAAGCACCCUGUGUGUGUGUGUGUGACCCAUUCAGAUAUCCAUCCGCCGGCCUUUGUGUGGCUCGAGCGCCAGGCAGCACGCCACCCCACCGCCCAGCACGAGGACGCCUUCCUCCUCCCUCCACACUUCGAGGAAGACCCCUGUUUCCACUUCCACGUCAGGCGGCUCCUCAAGCGCGACAUCAAGCCCGCAGACACACACACAACGACUGCCAGCCCACCCCCGUCGCCGCCCAACACCACCGAGCCAGAGGGGAGCAACAAGCACAGCAGGAGCGCCACACAGCCGCUGGAGGCCCUCAUAGCGACUUUGCUGAGUGACGCGAGGCGGUUGCAGGAGGUGUGUGACAUGCAGGAGAGGCAGAGAAUGCAGCUGCGAAGAGUGCAGACAUUCCUGAGAGACGGCAGCGGUGGGGCAGAUCGUGAUGGGGACGACGUCGUGUCGGUCGAUGUGGUCGGGCAGCAGAGUGUGGCCACCACAGUUUCGACAGUGAGGGAGCUGGGGGAGCAUUCGGUGCUCUGUGGGAGGUUUUUGAAUGGGUAAGAACCAGCCGAACACACAAGUCAGUGAGGGCCAGCUGGUCGAUUUCCUGUCUUGUGUGUCUGGCUAGGUGGCAGAGUCGCGUGUGUAACGUCAAGCUAGACCACUUCCUGCGUGUCAUCGAUGUCGCGCGCCGCAAGAGGCUCGAGAAGCUGCUGGCCAGGCUGCCGCCACUGCCUGGCACAUGCACCUCUGGGUGCGAGCGGGCCUCCUCAGGCCCUGGCGAUGCGGUCAUCGAGACGACGUGGGACAGCAUGCCUGACGUCGGGUGGAAGGGCGUUCCCGCGGGGGAGCGGCGUGUGUUUCUGCAGUGCCUGGAGAUGUAUGGCAUGUAAGUGACCGAAACAGAGACUGACAUAGAAAUGUGUGUACUAUGUGUGCUGCUGCUGCUGCUGCUGUAUUUCAUGUAUGCAGAGACCACUUCCAUCUGCUGACUAAUGAGGAUCUGCCGGCGCUGCGUGAGUGGAUUCACGAGCACGACUAUGUGACUCCGAGGUUCGAGCUGCCCCCGGCUGUCGGACAUCCCUCAUUCCGCUGCGUGUACAGGUGUGCCCGCCCUGAUACUAGUCUGAUAUGACCUCACGAUGCCAUCGUGACUGAUGUGUGUCUUCCUGUUCAAGGGCAACACGUGAUGGUUGGAACUACGACCACUUCUUUGAGGCGCUGCGUGGGCUGCCCGAAAUGUGCCCACUGCUCCUGCUGAUCCGCGCAGCAGGGACAGGCGAGAUCAUCUGCCUCUACAUCGAAGGAAGACUGGAGCCUGGUCAGGAGGGCAUCAGGCUCCGGCAGUGGCUGAUGAGACUGCGGGGGUUCCCACAUGCCCGCUGGACGGGCAGGGUCCAACACGGCCCAGGGGCAGCUGGGGAGAAGGUCUACACAGCAGGUGGGCUUGCGCUCAUGGAUGGAUAUGUAUGUCUGUACGUUGCAAGUGUGUGUCCGUCUCCUUCACUCAUUGAUUGAUUCGUUUGUUCAGGUCCUGGAGAUGCGCAGAAGGAGAUGAGUUUGGAGGACUGCACCUUCUCGCAGCGGUGCCGCAUUAGCCUUUUCAGCUCGCAUCUCCAGCUGGGCGUCGUAAAGAUGGCCCCUCCUCCACUCCCAGCCUCACCUCAACAAGCCACUGCCAAAUCCGCCAGACCAUCACCAACCACCGCCCGUCGCAUGCGCCCCAUGUCGAGCGCCGUUCGACGGUCCAAGAAGUCAAUGCAGAUGCCACUGCUGACAUCCGGCACGUCAGCCCCACAACAGCGCGACGAGCAGGCCACACCAGCACAGGCAGCCAAGGAUGAGGGGGAGGAGUCGCGGUCGGCGGGCCCGGCUGCUGCGGCGGCGGCCGCAGCGGUCCAGCCGUGCGUUGCGCUCUCGUCUGACGAGAAUGACUGGUGCAUGGACGGUGAGGCAACGGGAGACGACGACGAGGACGAUAAGGGUCGGGCCGCGGCAUUGAUGGUCGCGGCAGCGGCCAAGAAGGAGCAGGUGCCAUCGGAGCGUCGCGACCCGGAGGUGCCCAUGUCGCUGCCGCUGCUGAUGGACGCCAUGGACAGGCGUCGUGUCCCAUCCGUCAAGCGGCGUGUGGCAGGGCCCGAUCAAGGGCCAGGGGACAUCCCUGCUCCCCCACCACCCUCUCGGACCCCGCCCCUUCCCACCCCGACGGGAUCCGAGAGUGUGGACUCAGACGAAGAAGGCGACUGGGGCACCGGCCCUCUCCGCCCACGACAAGCGCUCAAGACAGAGCAGCCAUCAGCAGCGAUGGAUAACGUGGGGUCGGCCUCUGCUGCUGCUGCUGCUGCUGCUGACGGUGGUGGGAGUCCUAGCGGCUCAGGGGUAGGGCCGAUAAGCGAGUCUCUAUGCACGGUGCAUGUGGGGAUGGACAACAUGUGGCGGCCGCGUGGAUGGCCGCCCAACCAGCCCAAGAGCAAGUCCGGCAGAUACGUGCCGCUGGUCACGUCGGAGUGGGACAGCGACCAGGGCACAUUCGACUUUGUGGUGAGAGACAGACACGGACACACGCAGGCACGCAGGCACUGUCGAUCGCCCCCAUCCAUCUGUCGUGUUGUGUUCGUGUCGUGUGGUGCCAUGCAGGCGGAUCAGAUAGAGGUGCUUACGUGGACCAGCCCGUAGCAGCAGGGGGGCAGUGCGAGUGCAGCUGCAUCUGCAUCUGCCUUGUUUUGAUCAGCUGGGUUGAGAGAGGGGUCCGUGGUUUGGGCGAUCUCCAUUUCAUGCGUCAGUGUCUCCAUUUUCUACAACAUGUCUCUACUCUGUCGCUCUUUACGUGCAUGAACUUUCUCGUUGGUUAAUGACAGAUCAGUCUGUGUGUCUAGACGUGCUGGCAGUGUAUGUGUCUGUCGCAUUUCCUGCCUCCCCUGUCAUGUUGUUCUGCGAGCGGGCCUCGUUGCAUGUGGAUGUUCCACGUGGAAGGCGAGGCUCUAGGCUACGCAGCGCAUGAGCGGUGAGGUAGAAGAGAUGGCUGGCGGACACAGAUCACUGCUUGUUGUGGAUGGACUGGUCAACAACAAGGCUGGGGGGAGACUCGGUACGAGACACGGGUACGCCCUUCGGGUGAUCGAUUAGACAGGGAUCUGACCAAAGAAGCGUGCGUAUGCAUGUGCAUGUACAUGCAUUCCGUACACCCAUCCAUGCACG